GGCGCCUCAGGGCGAGAAAAGAGAUCUCGUAAUCAUUAUACCCACUAUGAAGGUUAUACUCACGGGCUCAACGGGCUUCAUCGGCUGCGAAGUCCUCAAGCAAUGCCUCCAGAACCCUUCCAUCACAUCUAUCGUUGCCUUCUCGCGACGGGACCUUCCUCCAACAGUGACUCAUCAUCCGAAGUUGACGGUGCGCAUCGUGAAUGACUUUCUUAGUUUUUCCGAUGCGAUAUUAGAAGAUAUUAAAGGGGCAGGAGCUUGCAUAUGGACUCUAGGUAAAGCAGUCAUGACUGAUAUGGAGAUGGCCCGGAAGAUCCAUAUCGAGUAUACGCUUUCGAGCCUCGAAGCUUUCCAUCGAGCUGUAGCAUCGGGUAGUCAGAGUCCGAUGAAAUUCCGUUUUGUCUAUUGUAGUGGUGCAGUUGCGGAGCGAGAUCAGUCGAAGCCGUUAUGGUUCGCGCAGGAGUAUAGAAGGAUUCGGGGCGAGGUUGAGAAUCAAUUGAUUGCUAGCGCUGAAAAUCAUAGGGAUACGAUCGAGACCUAUAUAUUGCGACCGGCGAUGGUAGUCUCCCGAGAGUUGACUCUCAGGAGCUUGAUUUUCGGGCUGGGCCCUUCGAUCAAGGUGGAUGUCUUGGCCGGAGUAAUGUUAGAUAUAGCUCUGCAUGGACAUAAUGAGAAGAUACUGGAAAACUUCAUGAUGGACAAGUGAUAUAAUGUUGGGGCCAUAGUGAAGGUUAGCAAAUAACCAGCGGUGGUAGAAACGGUCGCUACGGAAUACAAGCAAUAAUCCGCCAUAUCCCCUCAUACUCCAUACUGACAAAGGAUUCUACCACAAAAAAUAGCGCGUUGGGCUUUGUUGUAAAGCUCGCCUUUAUCGGCCUUUUCCAUAAAGGCUGAUAAAGACAUUAUUGAAU